AUGUCGACCCCUUCUACUGCUACGGCAACCCAUCCAUCACACCACCAGCGUUACGGAUACUCCCAUCACCAAACAUUUCAACCCAACCCCCAGGCUUUCCCCACCGCGUCGGUGGCUAACAAUGCGCUUGUGAACACCUUCAACUACACGUCCAGCCAUCAGUCCACCACCAGUGGUCUCUCCCUCGCAUCGACGCCCAAAUCGUCCGCCCCUCUGUCACACAUGUCCGCUUACAGCACGCCUACUGUAUUGCCUACCGCACAAAGCCGGCGGAAGCAGCCAGACUGGGGAGAGUUUUAUAAGAAUGGCGUUCCCAAGGAGAUAAUUGUCAUUGACGACGAUGAGGAUAAUAACGACGAGCCUGCCCCCGUCUCCGGCCCAAACAACGCCCACACACUGCCAUCGACGGGGAGAACUGUCCCGCGUGCUGCUGCUGCCGCUGCUGCUCUUCCUGCAAACAAGAAACGGAGAACCGAUGUUGGCUCUGGCGUCGACGUCUACUACGAUCGCCCAGCCUAUUCGGUCUCCUCGCAGAAAUACGGCGAGGGCUCGUCCGCGCCGUCAAUGUCGACCGACCGCACAACGUCCAUCCACACUACCGCUCCCACGUCUCUGGGCUCGCAAGUCAGCGCUCCCACAAACAGUGCCUACCUGGACGAUGUCGCUGUCGGCCAGAAGCGGAAGCGAGUCGUGACACGUAAGGCUGCACGUGAUGAAUUGAAACGGAGAGAAUUAGAGACCGUCGGCGAUGCGUUUAGCAGCUAUAUACCUCCUCCAAAGCCGCCCAUAAAGGCCAAGGACGUCGUCGUCCCUGUCAUCCGAGACUAUAAUGUGAACAAAAACCAGAAGAUCGACGAUGAGGACGGACAUUAUAUUGUCAACCCAGAUACAAACCUGACUGAUAAAUAUUCGAUUAUACGGCUCCUAGGUCAGGGAACAUUCGGUAAAGUCGUGGAGGCGUAUGACAGACAAAGGAAAACCCGCUGCGCAGUCAAGAUUAUCAGAUCUGUUCAAAAGUAUCGCGAUGCCUCACGAAUCGAACUCCGAGUUUUAUCCACUCUCGCCUCAAACGACGAGACAAAUAGGAACCGAUGCAUCCAUCUUCGCGAUUGCUUCGAUUUCCGUAAUCACAUUUGCAUCGUGACCGACCUUUUGGGCCAGAGCGUCUUCGAUUUCCUAAAGGCAAACUCAUUUGUCCCUUUCCCGAGCAGUCAGAUCCAAAAUUUUGCUCGACAACUCUUUACUAGCGUUGCAUUUCUUCACGAUGUCAACCUUAUACAUACCGACUUGAAACCUGAAAAUAUCCUCCUUGUGAGCAACGCUUACCAGACCUUUACAUACAACCGAACGAUCCCGUCCUCCUCCCAUACUACCUCAAGGACUGCGCGGCAACGACGUGUCCUACUCGACAGCGAGAUCCGUCUAAUAGAUUUCGGAUCUGCCACCUUCGAUGAUGAGUACCAUUCUUCUGUGGUGUCAACUCGGCAUUACCGUGCCCCAGAGAUCAUUCUCAAUCUAGGUUGGAGCUUUCCCUGUGAUAUCUGGAGUAUCGGAUGCAUUCUGGUCGAGUUCUUCACUGGAGAUGCCCUCUUCCAAACACAUGACAACCUUGAGCAUCUUGCCAUGAUGGAGAGCGUAUGUGGUGGCAAGAUCGACCCAAGAAUUGUGAGGCAGGUCUUACAGGGCCGCAAUGGACACGGUGCCAAUGCCGCUGCUAAAUACUUUAACCGCACAAAGCUUGACUAUCCAAACGAGGAAACAUCGAGGGCGUCGAGAAAAUACGUAAAAGCGAUGAAGCAGCUUCACGAUUUCAUCCCCGCUACAACUGCUUUUAACAAACAAUUCCUCGACCUACUUCGUCGUAUCUUUGUCUAUGACCCCAAAACUCGCAUCACAGCCAAAGAAGCCCUUAAGCACCCAUGGUUCAAAGAUACCAUCAUUGACGAUGGUACCGAGGCAGUCCGUAUCGGCGAACAGAUCCGACGAGAGCAGCAGCAACGAGCUACCUGA